AUGCAACGUUACUCGGCUCGCUUUUUAGAAGAUCUGAAAAUUGCAUUUGAAAGAGCAUUUGCUCUUCAGACGAAUUUAGUCGGUCAACUGCGAUGUCCACUCUGUGACAUGCUAGUUGUUGGUGUGGUAGCAAUGCAAAAACAUAUCAGCGAGAAACAUGGAAUGGAAAUGAACUUGGAGUCACUGGAGGCUUUUUUAAAGGAGCAAAUAACAGUAGAACGCGGUGAGUUCACUUGCAUGCAUUGUGCAGAGGUAUUCAGCGAUCAAAUUCAAUUUCAGCUACAUAUGAUCCAUAAUCAUCCAUUGGUUAUUCGUACUUCAGAAGAGACAGGCUCUCCUGCAGUAUCAACUCAUAAUGUGGAGCCAUCAUGUAUGCGAUACAAUUUUCAAUCCUCUAGUAUGGCAGAUUCAUGGAUUGAUUCGGAGGGAAAAUCUACAAAUAGAAGCACAGAAGACAUGAAAGAGGACGAAAUGUUGGGAGACGAUGAACAUCAAAUAGCUCAGGAAGAUCAAAGAUUUUGUGAUUGUCCGAUACCAUGGUGUUCGAGACAAUAUCGAGAUCCUAUCAUAUUGAGCAAGCACGUUUCUAUUGUACAUCAGUGGAGACUGAAGUUUUCACCGAAUAAUGGAAAGAGUAAAUCUCGUAGUAUUGUUUCGUCUCGUAAAUUGUGGAAGAAGCGUUAUAUUUGCUUGUUCGAAGGCUGCAAAUAUCGCUUUUGGUCACGAAGUGAUUGCGAAAAACAUCUCCUGUGUCACAUUGGAAGCAAAACAAAUAAUAAAACGGGAUCGAAAGGAACGGUAAUGAAUGGUGCAACAGAAAAUGGAAGAAACCAAGACGUCAAUAAAUUGAUUGGAGUGAGGGAUAGGAAAAUUAUUUUGAAUGUAGAAAAUGGCAGUAACCGGAAGGAGCAAGAACGAAAUACUCAUACGCCAAACUCGCCAGAUUCGGAUACAAUGCCAGAAGGACAUGGACAACCGUCUACAAAUAAGAAACCUUAUACAGUUCAAACAUUUUUGGUGAGAGAGCAAACAUCUGAACCAUCUUCCUCAACAAAUGGUGCAACAACGGCAAUAGGUGUUGUUUUUGAUGAAAUGGUCGCACAUUUACCAGUUCGAAACACGGUGCAAGAAAUGGUACGAGUAAAUGUGGAAUUAGUACCAGCACCCCUGCAGAUAUCACCCAUUUUGCACCUAUGA